UUGGAGGGAUUGCUCGAGGGCUUCUUUACCUGCAUCGUGAUUCUCGGUUAAGAGUUAUACAUAGAGAUCUCAAAGUUAGUAAUAUUCUAUUAGAUGAAGACAUGAACCCAAAAAUUUCAGAUUUUGGCAUGGCACGAAUUUUUCGGUGGGAAACAGACCAUAGCAAAUACCACCAGGGUUGUUGGUACAUUUGGUUAUAUGUCUCCAGAAUAUGUAACAAAAGGCACAUUUUCGGAGAAAUCAGAUGUCUUUAGUUUUGGGGUAUUGAUGCUGGAGAUCCUAAGCAGCCAGAGGAAUAACAGCUUCUAUGAUCCUGAAGGGCCUCUAAACCUUUUACUCCAUGCUUGGAGUCUUUGGAAUGAAGGAAGGUGGCCCGAGAUUGUCGACGAGGCUUUAGGUGGUGCAUAUCGUCCAUCAGAAGUGAUGAAAUGCUUACAUAUAGCGUUGUUAUGUGUUCAGAAUGGAGCAGUGGACAGGCCUAGCAUGGCAGAAGUGGAUCUCAUGCUUAGCAGCGAAACUGAUCGUCCAUCUCCCAAAGAACCUCCAUUUACUACUCACCCAACAUCCUCAGUACUGAUCUCAAACAACAAUGUCAGUUUUACCAAGAUUGAAGGUCGAUAGCAUAAUAGAUAUAUCAACUAUCUUUCAAAUUUGUACUAAAUUCAUUAUUUGUGGCCAUUUCAUUGUUGUCAAUACCUUGUAAUGAAAAAAAUAAUAAUCAUAGCAUCAUACCGAUCUUGUAAAUUUCCGAA